GCUUUUCUUUGACUAUUGGAAGUAUACACGGUGUACAGCUGCAAAUGGUCCCCAUGAUACAAGAUAUACAAAAAAAGCUUGACGAAAUGUAUUCGGACUGGAAAGCCGUAGGCUUUGGUGUGCAAAUGAAAAAUGAUACCAAAUGGAUAGAGGAUGCUAUUAGUCAAACCAUUUAUGGUUUAAUUGAAAAGGUUAAAUACCCAAGUGAUAAAUGUUUAAUGCAAGUAUAUUACGAUGCAUUGUUAGAUAUGAAAGGGGAGGGAUUUACAAACAAAAUUAAACAUGGUGGUUGGAAACGUUUUUUCAAUAAGCAUGUUCGUACUCCG